UCUCACUUGAGUGAUGAAUCAUGAAGUGUGAAUUCUUUAUUAGUCCCACCUCCUGAAAGAACACCAUCCAUGGUCACCCCGCCACGCCGCUCCGGCCACCACCGCGCCCGCCUCCGGCACCACCGCCUUCUCGCUCUCCUCCUCCUCCUACUCUUCCUCCUACCACACCUCUGCGUCCUCCUCCUCCGCCGCGCUAACUCCCUCGGCGGCCGCCGGUGCCUGUCCCUCGAGGCUGGAGCCGGACACCACCUCGUCCCCGGGCACCGGCCCAGCUUCUCCAUCGUCACCCUCUCCGACGAGGGCGCUUCGGUCCGCGGCGCACGGGGGCGGUCCUUCCGCGGCUUGCUGGCGGCCACCGCGCGGAACAAGCAGGCCUACGCCUCCGCGCACGGGUACGGCCUGGCCGUGCUGCCCCCCGAUGCCGUCGAUCCCCGGCGGCCGCCAUCCUGGAGCAAGGUCCUCGCCCUCCGCGCCCACCUGCACCGCCACCACUGGCUCUUCUGGAACGACGCGGACACGCUGGUUACUAACCCGGACAUCCCGCUGGAGAUAAUUUUGUAUUCGGUGAUUGGACAUAGUGAUUUUGAUGCAUCGCCUGAUCUGAUUCUGACAGAGGAUCUCAAUGGGGUUAAUGCCGGACUGUUCUUCAUAAGGAGGUCAAAAUGGAGUGAGAGAUUCUUGGAUACUUGGUGGAACCAAACAACAUUUGUACAAUUUGGUUCCACAAAAAGUGGAGAUAAUGCAGCACUGAAGCAUAUCAUAGAUCACUUAUCACCUGAAGAAAUGCGAGCACACGUCCGUACAGCAAAUAUGCAGUGCCUCUUCAACUCAUAUCCUUCGACGGCCACAUGGAAGUCAGUUUACCGCAUGAUCUUCCACCCGUCCACUACAUGGAAAGGGGUUUAUUCGGAUGGAGACUUUAUGGUCCAUUUUGCUGGCCUGAAUGACAAGCGAGGUUGGACUAUUAAAUUUCUUAGAGAUAUAAGAACUCGACGAUGAGCAUAAUUACUCCAAUUUUGAAACAAGCGAAGCAGAACCAGAAGAAUGUGAAGAGCCUGGUUCUUCGUGCAUCGUCAGAUGUAUUCCUACUCUGUCCUUUUAUAGUUGGAUAACAUGUUCCAUUUUCAGCAGCACAAACUACGCAGCCAGAGAGGUAUGCCAUACAACAUGCAUGCUCCCUCUUAAAAAAAGAGAAAGGUACCGACAUCUUGUUUGUCUAGGGGGGCAUGUUAUAUGCACUGCUCACUUGAGGUAUAGGUGCAUUUAUGCACUAGAAACACAAUUAGCAUAUAUAACGAUCGUUAAAAUUUCCAAUAA